UGGAUUUUUUUUUUUGAGUGAUGAAUUGACCCCACACACCACUGGAUCUCUCUCCCUCUCUCUCUACAUUCAUAACUCGUUUUAUUACAGAGUAAAACGGAACACGGAGGGAUCUCAGUCAUGAAGAAUUGUGAGCGCAUCGCUAAUCUCGCUCUCGCAGGAUUGACAUUGGCACCACUUGUUGUGAGGGUGAACCCAAACUUGAAUGUUGUCCUUACGGCAUGUCUCACUGUUUUUGUCGGUUGCUUUCGUUCCGUCAAGGAUUCUCCUCCAACUGAGACGAUGUCGAAAGAGCAUGCCAUGCGUUUCCCAUUGGUUGGGAGUGCUAUGCUUCUCUCCCUUUUCUUAUUGUUCAAGUUUCUCUCCAAGGACUUGGUCAAUGCUGUCCUCACUGCUUACUUCUUUGUUCUUGGCACCGUCGCCCUUUCAGCGACACUGUUACCUGCCAUCAGCAGAUUUCUUCCUAACCUUUGGAAUGACGUUGUUACCGUCUGGACUUUUCCUUAUUUCAAAUCUUUGGAGGUAGAAUUCACAAAGUCCCAGGUUGUUGCUGGAAUCCCUGGAUUCUUCUUCUGCGCCUGGUAUGCUUGGAAGAAACAUUGGCUCGCUAAUAACAUCCUUGGCCUUUCCUUCUGCAUUCAGGGAAUUGAGAUGCUCUCUCUCGGAUCAUUCAAGACUGGUGGCAUCCUUUUGGUUGGACUGUUUUUCUAUGAUAUUUUCUGGGUCUUCUUUACUCCGGUUAUGGUUAGUGUUGCCAAAUCCUUUGAUGCUCCGAUCAAGCUUUUGUUCCCUACGGGCGAUGCUCUAAGACCAUAUUCUAUGCUUGGGCUUGGUGAUAUUGUCAUCCCGGGUAUUUUUGUUGCACUGGCUCUAAGAUUUGAUGUGUCAAGACGCAGUAAACCACAGUACUUCACAAGUGCAUUUGUGGGAUACGUUGCUGGAGUUGUCCUCACUAUUGUAGUCAUGAACUGGUUUCAAGCAGCACAGCCUGCUUUGUUGUACAUUGUCCCAGCCGUCAUUGGUUUUUUGGCUUCUCAUUGCAUUUGGAAUGGUGACAUCAAACCGUUGAUGGCGUUUGAUGAAUCGAAGAGUACAGAGGGGGAGGUUGAUAAAGCUCAUGAAGAAUGAAGACAAUGGAGAAAGAAGGGAAGAGGAGUAACAUUUAUAUACACAUAAAAAUGUGUUUUUAUAUGCAUGGAAAAAAUAGAGAAAGGAAAACAUUUUUUUUGUUUCCAGUGAUCAUCAGUCCCUUCAAAAAUAGUUCUCAGCCCUUUUUGUUCUUUUUAGAUUUUCAAACAUCUUGCAAAGACUUGUGUAAGUUAUACAAGUUACAACAGGUUUUUCUUCAACU